ACUAUACUAUCAAAAUUAGUUAGAAAAAUAUAUUUUCUAGGUUUUCAAAAAUCUGGUUUUCACUAUGUAUACCACUUUCCCCUAAUUCAUGUGAUUUUAACCAAAAACAAAAAGGCACAACAGAAAAUUGGGCGCUUCAAAAUGCUGUGAGUAUAAGUAAUUCUUGAUCGUUUUUCAUUAAAUGUUCUGUUACGUAUUUUUUUUUUACAGUAAUCUGUUUUUAGUUGUGAUGUUUAUGUGAAACAAUUUGGUAUAAUUUCUUGAAUGUUACGCAGAAAUUUCUAGUUUUCUUGUUAUCCUACAAAUGUCUACGAUUUUGGAUGAUGAUGGUCGGAUCAACAGUUUACCCGACAAUGUCCUAUGCCAUAUACUCACUUUUCUCAAAACCAAAGAGGUCCUUGCUACAAGUGUCCUUUCUAAGAGGUGGAUUGAUAUAUGGCGUUCAGUUCCUGCACUCAUCUUCUAUGAUAUCGAGGUCAAUAAUCGGGAAACUGAUUCUCGCUUGAACGAGCUAGUCUACUCGUUUUUACUCUCAGUUGAUUAUAUCAAGAGUUGUAAACUCGACAUUUUGUAUGAUCAUCAUCUUGGCCAUCUUAGCUUUCCAAAUGUCAUCAGGUGGAUCAAUGCCGUGGUACAACGCCGAGUUGAGUACAUUAAACUAUGUAUGCAUAUAAUCGCUGGUGAUGAUCGUUUCAAAUUGCCCAUUAGCAUUCUAACUUGUCGGACCCUUGUUGUUCUCAAAUUGUAUGGGUUUUAUAUAAAGGAUUUUUCUUCCGUUAGACUCCCCUCCCUCAAAACCCUUAGUUUGGAUGAGGUUAUUUUCGUGAAUGUUCAAGAUUUCUUAUUGCUUCUAGCUGGCUGUCCCAAUCUCGAGGAUUUACGGGCGAGGUAUUCAGAGUUUCUCUCUGAAGAGUUUCUGAGCUGUCAAGAGCGUGAAAGUUUAAGCUUAAGCAAGUUGGUCAAAGCAGAUUUACAUAACACUUUUUGUCACUUUCCUUUGAAAGCCCUUCGUAAUGCGAAGCAUUUGAUCCUAGAAAUAAACGAGGUGCGCCGGGGUUGUGAUGAGAUUCCCACCUUUCAUAAUUUGACCUACUUGGAACUUUGCUCUAUGAACUGUAACUGGAAUUUGCUGUUUCAAGUGCUCAAACAGUGUCCUAACCUUCAAAAUGUCCGGCUUUGUCAGUACAUAUUCAGAGAGAUAAAAGAUGUAGAGCGAAAUUGGGUGGAUCCAACAUUUGUUCCGCAAUGUCUUUCAUUACAACUUAAAACCUGCCACCUUGAGUACUUUUCAAGCCAAGAAGGUGAGUAUCAGCUAGCAAAAUACAUUUUGAAAAAUGCAAGAGUUUUGCAAACUAUGACGAUCCUUUGCAGAAAAGACCUCAAGAGAAAAAGAAAAUUAAACUUAUGUUCAAAGGCCUCCCCUAUAUGUAAAGUUAUUGUUAAACUAGGACGACUUCCGUUCCAUGGUUGGAAACAUCGAAUUUGACAUCAAUUGCUCCUUCAAUAAUCAGUAUGCCUGUGAGAACAGAGAUGAGAAUGAGAAGCAAGAUUUUGAUUUCUCAAACAAUUUUUUCAUCACUAAUUUUUUUUAUUGAUUGAACCGUGAACCUUGUCUCAGUUCACAUGUUAAGCUUUGUAGUACUGAUAAAAUUAGAAAUUGUUCUGCCUAUUUUUAAAGAAUCUAUAUUUUUCUACUUUGAC